AUGAUACCCCGCGCAAAAGCCGCAACAGGAUGCAGGAGGUGGACUACUCCCUGUACUCUGCAUGCCCUCCCGCUUCCCAUAGGACAGUGCCUUAGUCCUGCAAGACUUCUGGGGGGCCCCUGGAUUGCCUGCGCUUGCUUCGCCUCUUUGCCAGCCGCGCGAAAGCUCCCGUCGGCUUCUUCUGCAGGAAGCUUGAAACCUGCGGCUCCUUGGGGGUAUGAGAAGGCUUCAGACUCUCCUCUACAAGCCGCGGGGGAGCUAGCUUCGCUACAGCUCGCCUCCUCAGAGGAAGGCAUGGAGAUCUCCCCAGCGGCUCAAGAAGUAGAGACCUUCCCAUGGGGAUGCCACCCGCAGCUGCAGCGGAUGCAGGUGCUGCAGAAACAGAAGCAUCAGGAGCAGCAGCAGCGCGAGGAGCUGCCUGCUGCUGUGCUGCAGCUGCUGCCGUCUACGCUUGCUCGAAGUGCCCUUGCUACAGCGUCGCAACAACAAACGAAAAGGGCCGGCCUCUUUAGGAGGGGCCCCAAGCUGAAUGCAGCUGCAGUCACCAUUGAGCUGCAUGCGCUUGCCAGCAGCAGUAGCAAGAACGGCAGUCGUGUCUCAGCCGCAGCCAAUACACCAGACAUUCUUGUGGAGCGAUACGAUAGUGCUAUACGACGAGAAAGCGACUGGGAAGAGGAGCGCGAGCUACUGCUAAUACUGCUGCAGCGGCAGCAACAGAUCCUUCCCUCCCUCAACCUCCAGCAGGUUGCUGUGUCUAUGCAGGCUUUAGGGAACCUUGCCUCGCAGCUGCUUCUGCACGAAAGCACCACUCCUAUCAUCGCAGGAGUAAGGGAGGCGCUCGCGAGCAGGGCGCGGCAGCUGUUGCAGCAUCAACUCGCAGCAGCAAAAACAGCAGGAUACGAAGCAUCAAAAGCCGUAGCAGAUGCACCAACGGCAGCAGCGCUCCUUGUCAGUGCCGCGGCUAUGGGUAGCCCGCAGCUGCCGCUAGCCAGAGAUGCUGCUGUGCUCAUUGCACGAUUGGCAGCAACAGCAGCAGGAAUAACUGAGACAACAGCUGAAACAGCUACAGAAGAGGCGCCUAGUGGGCCUCUUCCCUCCUUGGAAGCCUUACAUAAAGGAUCUCACGCCUCUUCUCCCCAGAGAUCCUUAGAGAGUACCCUUCUCCCGAGACACAACCAACAGCAGCUACGAAAGACGCUAUUUGGCAUACAGGGGUUGUGUGCCGUGUGCAAGGCCCUUCUGAGCCUAGAGGUGCUGCGCUAUAGCACCGCUCUUGCUAGUGGGGAGACAUCCUCUGCCUCUUUUGAGUGCCGACCACCUUUGCUGCUGCAGGGGGCUUUUGAGCUGCUGCAGUGGGAGCUAGGGAACGGCCGAGGCAGCAGCCUUAGGGAGAGCGAGGCGCUGUUAGUCAUCGAUUUGGUGCUGCUGCUUUUGGCAGCGAAGCCUGCUGCAGCAGGAAAAGAGGUGGCAGCGCAAUCAGGAGCGCCAGCGGCAGGAAGCGCAGGGGAUACAGCAGAAGCUGCUUUAACACAAGUAGCAGCAAAAUGUCUUAUUUUGCACAGCAGUUGGCUUUUGCCUUUCAUGGGCCGCCUUCACGACCUCCUCGAAAGCGAUGCAGCAUCCUGCAGUACUAGCAGCAGAAGCAGAUUCGAUAUAUCCGCCUAUGUGUCUCUCUUCUCGUUCGCUGCGGCGUUAAAGGCGCGUGUUUUUGCAGAUGGCCAAGUGCUUGCGGAAGUGGAUCGGUUGGUUCUGCAUCUCUGCAGCAAGCGGCUGCUGCUGUUACAAUCUCCUUUCCUGCUUCCUCAAGAGAAAGCCGAGCUCUCUGGGGCUUUCAAACGGUGA